AUGGAUUCUAGUAAUCCAUAUAGUCACACGUCCAAGUUUGUGGACCUUUUGAACUGUCAACAAGAUUCUAACCUUCCCAAACCCUUUCCUUAUGAAAGCGCUUCACAACUCCCAGUGUUCAGUACUCAACCAACUGAACCUACAAACACCAGUGCCGAACCAACUGAAACUGCAAACACAAGCUUCUGUGGAGACUCACGUUCAGUGCGCAAAGAAAGAAGAAAAUGGCCUCCCUCUGAUGAUCUAGUGCUCAUUAGCGCCUGGUUAAACACCAGCAAGGAUGCUAUAGUCAGCAAUGAGCAAAAAGCAAGUACUUUCUGGGGCCGCAUUGCCGCUUACUUUGCAGCUAGUCCGAAGGUGGCAGGAGGUGAUCCCCCAGAACCUCUUCAGUCAACUAUCAAUCUAGACGAGCAACCCACCAAAAGGCCAGCUGGUGUUAAGGUUUCAAAAGAAGCUUCUGCAAAGAAACCAAUCGCAGAUAAUGAGGCUUCGUUAAAGUUUCAGACCAUGUGCUCUAUGAAAGAGAAAGACUUGGCCCUGCAAGAGAGAGUUUCGAAAAUGGCUCUGCUUAACAGCCUCAUUUCAAAAACAGACCCACUUUCUGAAAUAGAACAAGCAGUAAAGACUAAGCUUCUUAAAGAGAUGCUGGAUAACUAG